CUGCACUCUCUCAGUGAAACUCUCGGAGGACCGUUCCCCGGCAAGUCGCACCUCCCCCCAUCGUCGUCGCGCACCACGCGUGCACCAUGAGGAUUAUAUUGCUGGUAAUCCCGGCGUGUCUACUCGCUCUAACGGAAGCCGGGCGAGUUCCGCAGCUCCGGCCUCGCGUGGCGGCACCUCAGGUCUACUACGAAGAAGAGGACAACCAGGCAGCCGAGGACGACUUCGUGGGGGUCUACCAGCCGCGCACCCGCGCGCUUCCUUCGCCACGCUCGAAGGACACGCUGCAUGCGUCGAAGCCGCCGCCGGUGCAAACCAUUCGAAACUACAACAAGGUCAACGACGACGGGUCCUUCACGUUCGGCUACGAGGCGGCCGACGGUUCCUUCAAGGAGGAGACUCGCGGCACCGACUGCGUCGUACGUGGCAAAUAUGGCUACAUCGAUCCCGACGGCAACAAGAGAGAGUUCACUUACGUAUCCGGCAACCCCUGCGACCCCAACGCGCCCAAGGACGAAGAGGAGGAGCUGCCGGAGAAAGAAGAGGAAGAGCUCUCCGGCCCGGCGAAUUACCCGGCCGUCAGGCCGGUACCACGACCCAUCGCGGUGAGACCGACGUACCAGCAGCCAUCGACGACCCGAGCACCCACCACGAUAUUCCAGACGGAGUAUCAGCUGGACGACGACGCCAGCCAAGAGCUGGAAGAGGAGCUGAAGCCGCAGCUGCGACCCUCAGCGUUCAGGAGACCUACGACCUUGGUACAAGUCACACCCUCCACCGCGCUGUACGAGUCCUCGCCGUCCCCCAACCCGGCUCUCUAUAGGUUAGCCUCCACCCCGACGGCCCAAUAUCAGACCACCGGGGCGCCCGUCCUCCGUAGUCAGCCCACCGUCGCCUCGACCGUCUAUCAGCCGCUCGAGACGACCACACGUCGACCGGUGGCCCGGCACCCAAGACCCCAGUCGGUAGCGAUAACCCCGCGACCCCACGUAGCCCAGGUGGCGGCGCAGUACGUCUCCCCUAGUAGCACCGAGCGCCCCGGUCUUGUCUACACCCCCAGUCGCCACGCGGCCACGGUGUCUCCCCAGCUGCGCACCACGACCGCCGCUAGCACACCCCACCUCGACUUCGCCGCCGAGCUCGAGCGUUACGUGAACACUGUCGGCGUGUCCGUCGCCCCCAGGCCCCAGGCGCAAGCCUCGCCCCAAACCUCGAGAGUUAAGCUGACCGGUCAAACGUCCGUCGCCGCCGCCGCCGCAGCCGCAGACCCCAUCUACCAGUCGGAGCUCGUGUACGAUCCCGCGACCGGUCAGUACAAUACCCAGCUUUAUCAGACUCUGCCCCAGACCGUGGGUGACUUCAGCCUCAGUCACAAACUCCAACCGUUCGUAGCCCAGCCCCAGUCCCUACUCGGUCUGCAGCAGCUGCAGCAGCUCCAGCAGCAGCGUCAGGCCCCGGUGUACAAGCAGGCCCAGUCGGCACCCACCCCCACCGUAGCCCAGCCGCAGGAGGUGCUCUAUAGGAAGCAGCAGGCGCAGCUACUGCAGCAGUCCCAGCAGCUCUACGCGCAGCAGCAACGCCGCCAGCAGCAGCAGCAGCAGCAGCAGCAGCAGCAGCAGCAGCAGCAGCCUCACAGGCUCCAGCUGCUGGAGUCACAGAGGGAACCCCAGGCGUUCUAUUACGUCUCGUCGUUGAAGCCCUCGGCCGCCACCAGCACGUCCCUCUCAGUAGGUCAGAUCGAUCAGUUUCUCCGGGGAGGCGCUGCCAAUUACUGACACGCUCCCUGAAAAUGUCGCGGUGACUUCAAACCACUUCCCGGUCUCUCUCGAAUCGUCCCCUCGGUAUUUAUCACUCGGCACUUGUCCCGAGCGCCUCGCGAGCCGAGCCGCGGCGCGGCCGAUCCCGCGCUGAUGGAUCCUCUCACGACGGCCCGUGCGCGCACGUGUCGAGGAUACGUGCCUAUGCGCGCACGUGUGCGCGCGUAUAAAGGUAUAAAUAUAUAAUAAUAUAUAAACAUCUAUACACAUGUAUCGCGCGUGCGUGCGAUGGCAGGCUGAAGCUUGGAUAAUAUAUACGAAGUACAUUACCGCCGCCGAGUGAACGGCCCGCGCACGGCCGCUUCGACGUGCACGCGUUGCUGCGCACGUGGAAUGUCCGCCAUAUUCGAUAAACCUCGCGCAUUCUUCCUCGAGAAAGGCGCGAACGCGCGAUUGCGGUGAAAAGUGUCGCGCAACAGGGCCCUGCUGCUUGCGGCUUUCUCAGCUUAACGUCGAGAUCGUAGAGAGACACUUCGAUCUUUCUUAUCGCAACUAUUCGGGCUCGGCUUCACGUAACUUUCGUUCUCCAGAAGAGAGGGACCUACCGAAUUGUCUUGUUCCCAGCAGCCUUUCCGACAAUUCGACCCCGUUCGCUUUUCCCUUCAACGCGUCCGCUCGUCUUGGUCAAGGCGCAAUCGAUGAUAUUAGCCGUGCACGCGCAGUCGGAGAACCGUCCGCUCGUGUCGAAGGUUAAGGCGACCGACGCGCGCGCGCGCGCGCGUGUGUGUGUGUGUGUGUGUAUGUGUGUGUGUGUGUGUGUGUGAUAUCGAAAAGAGGAGGAACCGU